AUGAAACAAUAUGGAAUUCACCGCCUGUUUUUCGGGAAUCAACAGCCGGUGGACUCGCUUCCGAUCUCUAUCAGAAAGGAGGAGGAGGAUGAUUAUUCGCUGCAUAUGGCGUUUGACAAAGGUUGCUUAGUGAUGUCAAGUUUCCGUGCGGAUGAUACUUCUGAUCACAUCCUAAGAAAUGUCAUUGCAUAUGAGCAGUGCCAUGAUGGAAUAACACCAUUUACUUCUAACUACAUACAUUUCAUGAAUCUCCUAAUUACUAACGAUAAAGACGUCUUGGUACUCACAGCGGCAGGGGUGCUAGCAAACAACGUGGGUCGGCCGAGCUUGGUGGUGGAUAUGGUAAACAAGUUAAACAAGGGCCUGAAAGUUUCGGACACCUCACAAUAUUACAGCAUGGCCAUGAAUCUCAGAGCUCACUAUACAUCUCGCAGAAAAAGGUGUUGGGCCACUCUCAACAAAGUCUACUUCAACGACUUGUGGACCGGAACAGCUACAAUGGCCGCAAUACUUCUCUUGUUUUUUACUUUAGUUGGGACUGCGGCUUCUGUCAUCCAAGCUUACAAAACCUUCAAGAAGUAA